CUCAAAUUUACCAUGAAAUCCUUUACACCAAUCAUCUUUGCAGUCUUUGCUGCUUCCACCGUGAUGGCUGGAUCUAUUGCUAAGGAAGUCAACGAGAAAGCUUCCACUGCCGAGAUUGCCAAUGCUAUGGGCAUUUCAGAAGACGAAGUUCGUCAAAAACAAAUUGAAUGCAGCUUUGGAGCUUGCAAUCCGUUGUGGUGUCCACGAAACUGUUAAAUGUCAGUUUUGGACCAUGAAAAAUUCCAACCAACGAGAGUAAUUUGCCCCAAUGGUGUCAUUGCUUUCUUCCUUUUCUGUUGGAAUGAUCAUCUGUAAUAAAUAAG